GCUCUGCUGCAUCCCGACAGCUCUCCAGAUCCUUGCACGCCUUGUUUACCGCUCCCGGUAACAACACAGGUGCUGUUCCUGUGCUCCCUCAGUGAGCCGCCUGCACACGGAUCUCCACCUCAGUUCAUUUCCCAGAGAACCCCAAUGAUGACAAUGCACAUUUAGAGAUAAGAAGGUUUUGCCAGUCGUCUUGCUCGGCUUAUGGGAAGAUAGGGGGCCCAACUCUCCCCAGCCAACCCAGGUGGCUGCCUCUGCCUCGAACGUCUCCAAGUGACGUAGAACCCUGUAGGCCCAGAGGCCCCUCCACACUUCCUGUGUGGGGUUCAGAAACCUGCCUCCCCUCCCAGCCUUAGGUGCCUGCUUCGGAAAAUGAAUUAAUAAGCCAAGUGGCCUCCGCCAUCUUAGGUAGAGUAAGUGUCCAGAGAGAGAAGGAUGCAGCCGGGAAAUCUCUGGAGAGUUCUGGGACUCUGCCUCUUAUCAGUUGGCGCUUGGGGAGAAGACGGGAGUGAAGAAACUGCAUCAUCUUGUUGUCUAGUCUCACCUGAAAAACUUUACCCACAAUUUAAACUUAAACCAAGGUUAUUUUCUCACCACUCUUUCCUUUUUUCAUUUUCAGAUGAAGUCUCACAAACUGCCACAAACAAAAAGAAACCAUAUGAAGUCUCCAUCUAUGGAACCACUGUAACGCUGACAUGCCCUGAGGAUGUUGAAGGAGACAUAUUAUGGGAAAAAAAAGAUGGACAACUACCUAGUGCGACAAACAACCCACAAAUACUAGAGAAAUUUUCGGAAGUGGAAGGAAGUGGUUACUAUAUCUGCUAUGCAAAGGGCUCAGAGAAGAACCAUUAUCUCUACCUGAAAGCCAGAGUGUGUGAGAACUGCAUGGAGGUGGAUCUGAUGGUAGUGGCCACAAUCAUCAUAGUCGACGUCUGCGUCACUCUGGGCUUACUGCUGCUGGUGUAUUACUGGAGCAAGAAUAAAAAGACCAAGGCGAAGCCUGUGACGAGAGGAGCGGGAGCUGGCGGCAGGCCCAGGGGACAAAACAAGGAGAGGCCACCGCCUGUUCCCAAUCCAGAUUAUGAGCCCAUCCGGAAAGGCCAGCGGGACCUGUAUGCUGGCCUGAAUCAGAGAGGCAUCUGACAGCUCCUGAGGGCACUGCCUCCCACUGGCCCAGGUCUGGCUCCUCUCCAGGCGCCCUGCUACUCCCUGUUCCCUAGGCAAGUCCGGGACACCACAGGAGAAUUAUUCCUCUGCCCUGCAGCCUUGUCCCCAGCUUCCUCCUUCCUGCCUUCUCUGCUGGCACCCAGUCCUAGGAUAUUGCUGCCUCAUUGUCCUUUGAUACAUCAUCAUCACCACUCACUCCCUCACACCUGGCCUGCCCUCUUGUCAGGAUAUUUAUUUCUGUUAUUCACCACCACCACCCCAAUUCCUUCCUUCUCCGGUGAACAUUACUUGUCCCUCAGUUCUCUCCUUUUCCAGUGUAUAAAUUGCCCCCAUCCCUAACUCUUCCAACUACCGUUCUAUUUUUCCAUCUCUCUCUCUGGCGACCCUCUGUGGGAAUAGACUGUGUAAAUGUUGGCAGAGGUCCUGCCCCAUUCACAGACCCUGGCCCAGAGCCAGCCCUUUGCUCCCUCCCUCGAGUCUCCAAUGUAGGCCCCUGGAUGGUAAUUUGCAUCUCCAUGAAUACGCUAGGCUCCUUGUCAGCUGAGAGAAAAAAGAAAUAAAGUGUAUUUGGCUUAAA